AAAUGAAGUUUCAAACUUCCCUGCAACCCUCCCAUUCCAUAUUCUUCUUCUCUUUCUCUCUCUCUUCUGUUUUCUCUCUCUUUCUUCCCUCCUAGGGUUUUCUACAUGCAACCAAUUAGAGCCGGAGCGGCGUCGUUUUAAUCUCAAUUCGGGGGUGAGAAAUUGAACGUAUGGAGAGACUGGCGGAGGCGGCGGCGAUGGGGUUUGUGAGGUGGGAGGAGGUGUUUGUGUCGGCGGAUAAGGGGCGGAGAGAGGUUCAUUAUUAUCUAGAGAGAAGCGACGGGAGCUCAGAUCUGGCGGUGAUAGGGAAAGAGAAGAGCUUGAGGCACAUGUCCUAUCACUAUGCCUUGAAAAACCGAUCUUUGUUUCCGGCGUCUUCGCUUGUGAAGCUCAAGUCGAGGAGGGAGGUCGUCGAUUGGCUCAAGUCUGUUGUUUCAGAUGUGCUCCCACCAUCUGGUUUGGUUGGACGUGUUUUGGAUGGUAAAGAUGCUGGUGAGGUGGACAUUGAACUUUUGAAGGUUACUCAUUCACGGAAGAUGGGCCGUUAUACAACAGAGUUUAUGUGGUUAGGUUCUCCUUUGAAGGGAAGGAAAAAACGGAGGCACUAUCUAUCGUUCAGCCGAAAUGGAGUUAUAGUUUCUGUUCAUGACUUUGUAUUUGUUUUAGCAGAGGAGGAUAAGCGUCUUGUUGCCUACUUAGAAGAUAUGUACGAGGACUCUAAGGGAAACAAGAUGGUUGUUGUUCGCUGGUUUCACAAAGUUGAUGAGGUUGGUAUGGUCUUGCCCGUCAAUUUUAAUGACAGAGAGAUUUUCUUUUCUCUUUGUCACCAACAUCUCAGUAUUGAAUGCAUUGAUGGAUUGGCUACUGUCCUCAGCCCGUUGCAUUUUGAGAAAUUUCUGAAAGAGGCGAAGCAAACACAGCUGGAACCCUUUGUGUGCCACAAACAGUUUGAAAAUGAUGAUGUAAAGCCCUUUGACAUUACUCAAGUUGAAGGUUACUGGAAACAGGAGAUACUUCGAUACAUGCACACACUUAUCCCUUCAAAGGUUCAUGUGAGCUCUCAACAAACGGUUGAUGAAUUGAGAGUGGGAGAAAUUGCUUAUGGCAGUGAUAUCAGACCUAAAAAGAGGCAGUGGUCUUCAAAAGAUUUUGAUAUGCAUGUUGAAGGCCUUGACAGAAGGGUGUCUUUUGGUGCAGCACGUGGGCAGGCAGGCUAUAUAAAUAAAAAUGGUACUCAUUGUAAAAGUAAAAGAGAUUCUGCAGUUGAUAUACCUUGUCCAGUGGUGAAACAUACCCUGUCGUUGCACAUAUCGGUAGGUUCCCAGGUUGAAGUCCUCUCCCAUGAUAGUGGCAUUAGAGGGUGCUGGUUUAGAGCAUUGAUUGUCAAGAAGCAUAAAGAUAAGGUUAAGGUGCAAUACCAAGAUAUUCAGGAUGCAGCUGAUGAAGCUAAGAAACUUGAGGAAUGGAUUUUAGCAUCAAAGAUUGCAGCUCCUGAUCAACUGGGUUUUCGCCUUUGUGAUAGGCCAAGUAUUCGGCCAUGGAUACAAUCAAAUAAAGGAAGAGUUUCAUGGUCUGUUGAUGCUGGGAGUAUUGUUGAUGUCUGGUGGCAUGAUGGGUGGUGGGAAGGCAUAGUACUUCAGAAGGACUGUAAUGAGAGACUUCAUGUAUACUUCCCAGGAGAGAAUCGGGUUUUAAUUGUGGGUCGUAGUGAGAUCCGACACUCUCAAGAGUGGCUGGGGAAAGAGUGGGCUCAUAUUAAGGACAGGCCAGACCUUGCGGCCUCAAUAUCAAGUAACUUAGAAUCGAAGAAUGCUGUUGGAAACUCAUCUGAUGGCGUGUCAGGGCUGUCUGAAACCAGUGAUAGUGGGGUGUUGAGGAAACGUGAAACAUCUGGUCUUUCAUCCGAUAAUGACAAGGAUGAGAAAGUUAAUGAAGUCGACAAGGUUCCAGAUCUUUUGAAGGAUGUUCUCUUUGCCCAACUGAAGUGGAAGUCUUCAAGGAAGAGAAGACGUGGUAAUGGGAGCUCUGUUCAGAAGUUGCAUUUUGGUACUGGUGGUGAAAGCACCUCUGGCCUCAUGGGAUCAAAUUCUUGUGAAAGAUAUUUGAUUCCGUCAUCUCUCAUGGUUGACCAUGAGAACUGCAAAUAUGUAGGGGUUUCGAUUUUCAGUUCGUCAGUUGCGCCUCCACUAACAAGCUUAGUUAUGUAGUCUUUCUAGUCACAGUAUAUAUCAGCUCGGGUGCAUCGAAUCGAUGCGCUGUGCUUUAGUCAGUCUAGCUCAGCAAUGUCAUCCUGGCGUGUUUUUUUGUUUUGAGAGGUCAUGGCAUCCAAGUUCAUCUUAUUUAUGCAACAAUCAGCCUGUAGAGCCUUAUGCCCUAUUGUCAGGCUGAAAUUUUGGGUGCAAUAGAAAUCUAGAAUAGGCCUUGUAGAGGAGCUAACUUUUUUUUUCAUAUCCUUAUAUGUUCCAUGUAAUUAUUUUGCAUAAUAAAAUUCUUUUGUUGCCACUACCUUCAACUUGGACCUGGUCUCCUUACCAAUUCCAUUUUGGUGUUUUGCUGUUGGAACUUGAUAUCAUGAUUUCCUUUAGCUUCCAGGAGCCUUUCUUCUGUGUUGUAGCCGUUGUUUUUUGACUCUGUUGGGAUCCUAUGUUUUUGGUUGGA